AUGUCAAGCGUUCAAGUUCAGACUUCCGUCCUUCACGGCGCGAAGGACCUCAAGAUCGAACAAAGAGAACUCCCAGCACUCGCGCCGGGCGAGGUCCAGGUUGCCGUCAAGGCCACGGGGCUCUGUGGCUCCGACCUGCACUACUUCAACCACUUUCGCAACGGCGACAUCCUCGUGCGGGAGCCGCUCACCCUUGGCCACGAGUCCAGCGGCGUCGUCACCGCCGUUGCCCCGGACGUUUCCAAUCUCGCCGUGGGCGACCACGUCGCGCUCGAAGUCGGCCAGCCGUGCGAGGCCUGCGAGCUCUGCGUCUCGGGGCGGUAUAACAUUUGUAAAGAGAUGAAGUUCCGCAGCUCCGCAAAGGCGUUUCCCCAUGCCCAGGGAACUCUUCAAGAGCUGGUCAACCACCCGGCCAAGUGGUGUCACAAGCUCCCGGAAUCCGUUUCGCUCGAGUUCGGCGCCCUCGCCGAGCCCCUCUCCGUUGCCAUGCAUGCCCGCGACCGCGCGAGGCUUCCCAGCGGCUCGACCGUGCUCGUCUUCGGCGCCGGCGCCGUGGGCCUGCUGUGCGCCGCCGUCAGCAAGGCUGACCAGCAGCGCGUAGUCAUCGCCGAUAUCCAGGCAGACCGCGUGCAGUUCGCCAUCGACAACGGCUUCGCCGACGCCGGCGUCGUCGUGCCGGCGCUGCGCCCGCAGACGAUCGAGGACAAGCUGGCCUACGCCAAGGACGUCGCCGAGCUGGUCAAGCAGGCCAAGAUUGGCGGCGAGGAGGUAGGCGAGGUGAAUGCGACGUACGAGUGUACUGGCGUGGAGACUUGUAUGCAGACGGCCAUCUUUUCCACUCGCCCGGGAGGAAAGAUCCUCAUCAUCGGCAUGGGUACGCCGAUCCAGACGCUCCCCAUCUCGGCCGCGGCGCUGCGCGAGGUCGACUUCAUCGGCGUCUUCCGCUACGCAAACACAUACCCUAAGGCCAUCGACCUGAUUGCGACCAAGCCCAAGGGCCUGCCGGCGCUGGAGAAGUUGUUCACGCACCGUUUCAAGGGGCUGAGCACAAUCAAGGACGCCUUUGACAUGGCGGCUAAGGUGAAGGACGAAAGUGGGAACUUGGUGUUGAAGGUUCUUGUAGACACGUCAAAUUAG